AAAAAAAAUUAAUUUUUGUCUAGAGAAAGAUGUCAGAUUAAGACCAAGAGAUGGCAGUAGUCACAUAUCGUUAAUUUAACAGAACAACAUGGCUGCGUCCAUAGGUGCAUAGAAAGCGAUGAUGUGUACAAAAAACUGAAACAGACUUCGAUCGGUGGUGUAGAAGUUAGCGCCUAGAUAGUUCAUAUGGGUUCUGUGCUACCUUCCUUCUGACUAGAAAAGUGAUUAUUUGUAAGACUCCCAAGUACAGAGUGACAUCCUCAACUCAUCAAUUACCAUCAUCAUUAUUAUCAUCAUCAUGAAGUUGUCGCCAUGGUUACUGUGCUCCUGCCUUGCGUAUUUCUACUCCUUUAUCAAGAGGACCAUCUUCCGCUUCCGACGGAGACGUUCCAGUGAUCCUAGUCUACCUACCAAAGGAUCAGGUCCAGGGGGAGGCGGACCUAGUUCCUCUGCCAACGGGUCCAGUGCUAAAAACUAUGCCAACACCUCAGGGGUUGACCUUGCGUGGGAUGACUGGGGAGACGGUUCUACUAUGAGCAUCAAGAUCGACCCGACCACUCCCACAGUCGCACCUAGUAACCAAACAGCCCCCUCGUCGCUUAGCAACCCGGAAAAUGAGGAGGAGGAAGAUCAUGUGGACUAUUUUGCAGAUAUGACGCCAAGAUAUAAGAAACCUCCUACGAUACGAAAGAAGACUCCUCAGAUGAUACCCGGUCCGUCUUCAUUAACUCAAGGCCUCUCCAACAGGCUCACUCUAGGGAUGGAUGAAACAGCAGUACUAACGGAUGAGCUAGGCGCUUGGUCAGAGAAUGACAAUGGUUGGGGGGAGGAGGCCGGAGACGAUCUAGCUUGGGAGGCGGACCAGGUCAUCAGGGAGAAGAAGCUAGCGGAGCGGGAGAGACGCGCUGCCGAGCAACGACGGAAGAAGAUGGAGAGAGAUGCCCAGAGGGUAACGAAGAAAGAUACAGGCAAACUGGCCACAAAAUUAAAAUGAAGGACAGCGCGUAGGAACCAGUGACUUGAUUAUAGCCAUCUUUUCUUAACCCUUCGUCUACUGGAGCCAGGUGUUUCCUGUAUUAAGUCUAUUGGGAUUAGAGAAUUCGGUAGUCAACGGGGUGUAAAGAGGGAGCUUGAUAUGAUGAUGACUCUGCAGUGAGCUUUUAUGAUCGCCAUGGAAACCGGCUAAUUCUGAAAGAGUGACGACGGAGGUGACAUGUUCGUGUAAGAUUUUGUAUUGUAAAGAAAUAGAGGAAUAUUGAAAUAGUAGGCCAA